AGUUUCCUGAGUGCAAAUCCCUUUUUUGAAUAAAGGGUCAGCCAAGAUGGAGAUGAACUUGGCUGUAAAGUCUUUACUUGCCUGGGUGAACAGUUUAAAACUCUGUGACUCAGAGCUGACCAUCGAUGACUUGCAGGACGGAGUGAUCGUACUUAGACUUGUUUAUAUGCUGAAAAAGCACCCCAUCCCCUGUCUAAAUGAUGCAACUGAGGAUCGGUUCAGAGUAAUUGCAGAGUUCCUAGAAAGGGACUGCAGAUUUAAUGCAAGCAAGAGCUCUUCUCUGCGUUGGGACCACAUUAGAGAUGGCAUCAGCCUAACAGCUGAAAUUUCAAAGGUGCUUUUGUUGCUUGUAUACCAUGAUAUGAUGAAUGACCACUGCACUCUGAACAUGUUGGACUGCGAUGUGGAGCGGGAACUAGCACACCUAACUAGUUCCUUUGUGAUGGAGAGUGAGGGUUGUGUUUAUUUGAGCGAGGAACUUGAUGCUCAUCUGAGAGGAAAACAUUUGACUUUAUCUCAAGAAAUAUUUGAGCAAUCAGCAGCUACCUCUGGUUCCAACAUGUCAAGCGUCUCUUCCUUCUUGGGUGAUGAGUCUCCUUUCUUCCACCGAACCAGUAGAAUUAAAUUUGUGGACAUAGAAACUGUGGCUUCUUCUUCAGUCAGCAGUUCUCCUCUGGAGGAUGUAAUGAACACACCGAAAUUUCAGCUGAGGAAAAUGCAGCGACAGAUGAUCAAGGAGCGAGACUACCGAGAUAGUUUGGAGAGGGAGCUGGCCAGCAAGAUUGUGCUCAUUGAACAAAGAGAGUCUCACAUUAACCAGUUGCAGUACCGCCUGGAUAAACUAAAGGAAGAACAAGGUGAUCAGGAGCAUGUUACCAAAGAACAAAUUAAUGAGCUUGAGAUCAAGAACAAUGACUUACAAAAGCGUCUUAAUGAGAUGCUGAAGCAAAAUAAAGACCUCAAGACAAACACUUCACUCAUGGAGCGCAAAGUGGAUGAGCUUGCAGAUGAAAACGGUGUGCUUUCUUCUCAGGUGAGAGCUGUGUGCUCACAGCUUGCCGUCUUUGAGACAGAAGUUGGUACACUGACGGAAAAUCAGGCGUCUGCUCAGGAGGAGUGGAGAAACAAAACAAACCACCUACAGUCUGAGCUCAACCAAGCAACUGCUCAAAAGGAACUCCUUACAGAACAAAUUCAAAUCCUUCAAGGAAAGAUUUCCUGUUUGGAGGAUGAAAUAAGCAAGGCCAGUAAGGACGAAGUAGGGGAAAAUAUGGGACCCAUAGUAGAGAGAGAAAUGUUGGACACUGAAAUCAGGGGUUUGAAGAAUGAGCUAGAGACUACACAUUUCUCCCUGAUAAAGGCUGAGCUGGAGAUUCAUGCUAAAACUCAGCAACUGGAGGAAUGCCACCAAGAAAUUAAGGAGAUAAAUGAGCAGAGGGGAGUUCUUCAGGAAGAGAUCCGAGUCCUUAAGCUUCAGCUUGAGCAGGUUGAGCAGCAAAAAAAUGAGCAGACAGACAGGCUACAACAGCAUAUUGCUGCUUGUGAACAAGAAAUUAAAAAACUACAGGAAAUUAAGCAAGCAAAGGAAGAUCAUCUUCGUCAGACUGAAGAAAAGGUGAAUGAUCUUGAGACAAAGUUAACUGCUGCUACUUCUCUGUUGGCUGUUAAAGAGCAGCAAAUUACCAGUCUCAAAGAUGAAGUUGACAUUCUUACAGAUGAAACUAACAAAAACAAAGAUGAAAUUCAAGCCAAAGAAGAAGAGCUUGCCAAGUUACUUCUUGAGAAGUCUAAUGUGCAAGAAACUCUCAGUGACAAAAUCCAGAUCUUAACAGCUCAAGUGGAAGACCUUAGUUCAUCUCUCAAACAGGCGCAGCAGGAAAUUCACAUGAAGCAAGACCUACUGGAUAAAAACACACAAGAGAAUGUCCAACAAAGAGAGCUACUUCAACAACAAAGUGCUGAACAUAUGGAAGCACUCGAGAAGCAGAAGACAGCAUCUCGAGAAGAAAUGAAGAGGCUAAAUGCAGAUAUUCAUGCUAAGGAAGAACAGAUGGCUCUGCUAGAGACUGAGGCCUCUACAUGCUCUGAAUUGUUGCAACAAGAGCUUGAUGAUCUGAACAACCAAAUAAAAAGCAUGACCCAUUCUCUUGAGAUGGCCAAGGACCAGGCUCAAGCCAGAGAAGCUCUAAUUGCCAAACAACAAGAGGAAAGCACUUUGCAGAUUGAGGAGCUUAGGAAACACAUUUCAGUUCUUGAGGCAGAAGUAAAUAGAUUGAAGCAGGAAAUCCAGACUAAAGAGGCUGAGGUAGAUGAGAUGAAGACUGACAGCUGCAAGGAGUCAGAGGCUCUACAGAAUGAGAUUCAAACUCUUCAGGGUCAAGUACAGUGUUUGAAUGAAUCACUGAAGACUGCAACAGAGCAGGCUCAGCUUAAAGAAAACCUGCUGAAACAAAAGGAAUUUGAGUUUUCUCAGGAAAAGCACUCUCUACAAAACAUGAUGAUGACCUCAGAAGAUGAGGUAAAGCGGCUGAGGGAGCAGGUCGAGGCCAAAGAAGAACAACUGGUCACACUUAAAAAAGAGGGCUCAAUCCACUCUGACAUGUUACAACAAGAGAUCGAAACUCUGAAAAACCAAGUAUGUGACAUGAGAGAGGCUCUCACAAAAGCAGAGGAGGAGUUUCAAAAGCAGCUAGUUGCACUUGAAAAACAGGAGCAGGAGAGCGUCGUCCAGAAAGAGCUGCUGCAGCGACAACUGCUUGCCUCUGAAGAAGAGAUGAAGCGAGUGAAAAAUGAGGUCCAGGCAAAAGAGGAACAGAUGGCUCUGCUAGAGACUGAGGCCUCUACACGCUCUGAAUUGUUGCAACAAGAGCUUGAUGAUCUGAACAACCAAAUAAAAAGCAUGACCCAUUCUCUUGAGAUGGCCAAGGACCAGGCUCAAGCCAGAGAAGCUCUAAUGGCCAAACAACAAGAGGAAAGCACUUUGCAGAUUGAAGAGCUUAGGAAGCAAAUUUCAGUUCUUGAAGCAGAAGUGAAUCGACUGAAGCAGGAAAUCCAGACUAAAGAGUCUGAGGUGGAUGAGAUGAAGACCGACAACUGCAAGGAGUCAGAGGCUCUACAGAAUGAGAUUCAAACUCUUCAGGGUCAAGUACAGUGUUUGAAUGAAUCACUGAAGACUGCAACAGAGCAGGCUCAGCUUAAAGAAAACCUGCUGAAACAAAAGGAAUUUGAGUUUUCUCAGGAAAAGGACUCUCUACAAAACAUGAUGAUGACCUCAGAAGAUGAGGUAAAGCGGCUGAGGGAGCAGGUCGAGGCCAAAGAAGAACAACUGGUCACACUUAGAAAAGAGGGCUCAAUCCACUCUGACAUGUUACAACAAGAGAUCGAAACUCUAAAAUCCAACGUGAAAACUAUGAGAGAGUCUCUCACAAAGGCAGAGGAGGAGUUUCAGAAGCAGCUAGUUGCACUUGAAAAACAGGAGCAGGAGAGCGUCGUCCAGAAAGAGCUGUUGCAGCGACAACUGCUUGCCUCUGAGGAAGAGAUGAAGCGAAUGAAAAAUGAGGUCCAGGCAAAAGAGGAACAGAUGGCUCUGCUAGAGACUGAGGCCUCUACACGCUCUGAAUUGUUGCAACAAGAGCUUGAUGAUCUGAACAACCAAAUAAAAAGCAUGACCCAUUCUCUUGAGAUGGCCAAGGACCAGGCUCAAGCCAGAGAAGCUCUAAUUGCCAAACAACAAGAGGAAAGCACUUUGCAGAUUGAGGAGCUUAGGAAACACAUUUCAGUUCUUGAGGCAGAAGUAAAUAGACUGAAGCAGGAAAUCCAGACUAAAGAGGCUGAGGUGGAUGAGAUGAAGACCGACAACUGCAAGGAGUCAGAGGCUCUACAGAAUGAGAUUCAAACUCUUCAGGGUCAAGUACAGUGUUUGAAUGAAUCACUGAAGACUGCAACAGAGCAGGCUCAGCUUAAAGAAAACCUGCUGAAACAGAAGGAAUUUGAGUUUUCUCAGGAAAAGCACUCUCUACAAAACAUGAUGAUGACCUCAGAAGAUGAGGUAAAGCGGCUGAGGGAGCAGGUCGAGGCCAAAGAAGAACAACUGGUUACACUUAAAAAAGAGGGCUCAAUCCACUCUGACAUGCUACAACAAGAGAUCGAAACUCUGAAAAACCAAGUAUGUGACAUGAGAGAGGCUCUCACAAAGGCAGAGGAGAAGGUUAAAGUCCUUCAGGCAGAGUUGUCAGUUGUCAAGACACUUGCAGCUGAUAAAGACCAAACUAUAAACACUCUCAGAGCGGAGGUCAAUGCUCAAGCUAACGUGAUACAAAAAACAAAAGCUAAAGCCGAAGCCAGUGAGAAACUUGUGGCUGAGAUAAAACAGGAGAGCUCCAAACAGACCUAUGUUCUCCAAAAUGAGAUCCAGAAUUUGAAGGAGGAGGUGGAAAGGCUUCUGGCCAAAGAGCAGAAAUUAGUUGAAACUCAGCAAGAGUCUGCUCAGCAAAUAAGCCUCCUUCAGCAACAACUUACAUCCGCAACUGCAGAGUUGACACAACAUGAAGCAACACAAGCUGCUAACAUCAGGUUGAAAGAGACUGUGCAGGAGAUGCAGGUUACCACACUCAAAGAGAAGGAGACUGUUGUCCAAGAAAAACAGGUGCUUUUGGUUAGAAUACUCCAGGCAGAAAAGGAUCACGAAGCCAUAGUUUUUGAGAAGGAAAGACUUCUCCAAGCCAACCUGGCCCUAGAGAGGGAGAAUGUAGCCUCACGGAAGCUUGAGUCUGUACUGCAGCAAGAGCUGGAAAUACUGAAAAUGCAGAAUGAGAAAUUGCUGAAAGAGCGAGAGAAAGCAGAAGAAAUUGAGCUAAUCAAGAGAGAUCUGCAGGAACAGCUUGCCACUAAAUCAGAGGCUGCUGAACACUACAAGGCUCAGAUGGAGAAGGCUGCAAAUCAUUACAACAGCAAGAAGCAGCUUCUCCAGAAAAGCCAAGAAGAAGUGGAUGCUCUCAAGCUUUCUCUUGAAGCUAAAGAGCGUGAAAUGCACACUAUGAUCAUGGAAAAGAAAGUACUUCAGCUUGAUUUGGACAAGGCUCAAGCCAAUGAGAAGACACUUUCACACAGGGUGGCCAGCUUGGAGGCACAGCUGGCCUGUGCUGACCAGAAUUUAAGAGUACAGAACAAGAUUCAUGCCAAUGGAGGCAGUGCAACAAGCUCGUGUUUCUUUGAGGUGCCUUACUCAAACUCGGGGGUUUGCACUAGAGCACAGGUGAAGAGAGCUAUGAGCUCAGAUAGCCUGGACCAGAGCAGUCUGGAAGACUCUCUGAACUCCACAAGAAAACUCUCAGCACCUGAUGAAUCCAGCACACCACUUGUACGCAGUUCAGAACGCUUGGCAGCCAAACGCCGGGGUCUAAAGGCCGAGUCACUGGAAACUUUGUACUUUACUCCUAUAAACACCAGACAAGUCAAGAGGACCGGUGCAGAGGAAAUUAUGGAUUCAACCCAAAAAAAUCCGACUUCAUCAGUCAAACGCCGCAGAACCACACAGGUUAUAAACAUCACUAUGACCAAGAAGACCCCGGGCUGCGGUGAAGCUGAUGAGACCUUCUACAGCCUGGCUUCAGCUCGCUCCCAGCCAAACCUUGCUAAUGCAAACUCCGCCCGGCCCGUGUCUAUGGAGCUGUUUGACACUCCCGCCAGAAGGACCAGCUGUGCCAGCAACCAACUCAUUGGGCUUCCAGGGUACAGACGGAGCACCAUCCAUGUACAGCCCACCAGUACCUUCUGCGUUGGAGCAGAAAACGAACCUGAUGGUGGACCUGAAGACUGGCUGAGGAUUGCGGAGCUCCAGGCCAGGAACAAGGCCUGUCUGCCUCAUCUAAAGAGCAGCUACCCUGUUGAGUCUGAGACUGGAAGGAGCGGUCCAUUGGUUUUCACAGACGAAGAGUUACGUACAGGUGACCCGUCGGACACAAUCCGCCGAGCAUCCAUGGUUCCAAGCCAGCUGCGGGAUUCGCUCAUCUCCCAUCGACAGUCACUCAUGUUGGGGCAGGUGGGUGCUGCUGCUGGCACUCGCUCCGACCGUCUGUCCUUGAUGCCAGGCCAACUACCCUCAAGGACCGCCAGCUCCUAUCAGCUGAGGAGCCCAAAAAGCACAAAGCAGUCUUCAUCCACGUUGUCCCUACACCAAACUUCACCUGAGAAAAAGAUGAAAGCCAGCUGCUUCCCUCGUCCACUCACCCCGAAAAACAGGACCAUGAGCAGUGGUGCUUCGAGCUCUACUCUUCGUGCUGCCCUCAGCCCAGCUGACCGGAGGCAGUCAAUGAUGUUUACCAUCGAAAACACCCCUAAAAGCAAUAACUACCUGAAGAAACAUCUGAACAAGCUGCGCAGCUCUGCACGAAAAUCCCCAGGCAACAGCUUAAAGAAGUCGCCUGCUCAGACAAGUGCACGCAAGUACCAGGAAAAAAUGCCAUCAGGGAGUUCACGUGGUGGUGUGAGACAAGCCGGGAGAACUGGAAACUUUAAAUCACCUCAGGUGGUAACGAAAGGAUCGAGGAAAUCUCCCCAAGCUGCCAGCAGAUCUGCAAAGUCUCCUGGAUUGACAGCCAGCGCUCGCAAGAUGAUGCGAAGGAUGAAAGUCUGAAGACUGGUCAAGCCCCCCACAUCCUCCCGUUCAGCCACAAAUAGUUCAAUGGGACUUUGUUUUUAACAGUUCAUCAUUCUUUUUCCAUGUUUGUUUUGCUUCUUAAUCUUUGUAUUAUAUGUACAUGUUUUUCAGUUAAUCGAUUUAAA